AAGUUAUGGUGACGUCAUAUCACUGCGACUAAUGUGAGAGCACUCUAUCUUCCCUGCUGCUGAUUCGGGAGUUCCUGUUCCGCGAUGCCUAAGGUGGUGUCCCGGUCGGUGGUCUGCUCGGACACCCGGGACCGGGAGGAGUAUGACGAUGGGGAGAAGCCGUUACACGUGUAUUACUGCCUGUGCGGUCAGAUGGUGCUGGUGCUGGACUGCCAGCUGGAAAAACUUCCCAUGAGACCUCGGGACAGAGCGAGAGUUAUUGAUGCAGCAAAACACGCUCACAAGUUCUGUAACACCGAAGAGGAGGAAGCUGUAUUUCUGCGCAGACCAGAUGGCAUUGAGCGUCAGUAUCGGAAAAAAUGCAGCAAGUGCAGCCUUCCUCUCUUCUACCAGCACCAGCAAAAGAAUGCCCCCGCAACAUUCAUUUUCAAUGGAGCUCUGGUCAAGUUUGGACAAGGUUUUGGCAAAACCAACAUCUAUACUCAAAAACCUGAUCCACCUAAAAAGGUCAUGAUGACCAAACGCACUAAAGACAUGGGCAAAUUCAGCUCUGUUACUGUAUCCACCAUUGAUGAAGAAGAGGAGGAGAUAGAGGCGAGAGAAGUGGCGGAUUCCUAUGCCCAGAAUGCAAAAGUGAUUGAGAAGCAAUUGGAGAGAAAAGGAAUGAGUAAGAGAAGACUUCAGGAACUGGCUGAAUUAGAAGCGAAGAAGGCCAAAAUGAAGGGAACCCUGAUUGACAACCAGUUCAAAUAGAAGAGACACACAAGAGAGAGAUACUGCUUGAAAGUGACAGGGGUUUAGAAUGACUUGCCAGCCAUCGCAUAUUGCUUCCAUGCUGUAUGACAGGUGUUUGCCAGCUACGGCCACCUCUAGCAAGUCUCUAUAGAGUAUUUCACCCUGGAUAGCUGAGGUUCGGAAAGACUACAAUGGAUGAGGAAACAUUGCUGAGGGUUAAGAACUCUUGUUGAGUUAAGCAGCUUUUAAAUAUGUUUUUUUUUGUUUUUUAAUACUACAAUGUACUUGUAUAAAUUGUAAAAAAAAAAGAAAUGGUCUUGUGUUGGGUAGUAUCUAUGUUUAUUUUUAUUAAAAUAAGUCUGUAUAAUGUA